UUUCCUUUAGAGGCCCACGGCCCCAGAAGCAGGAGUCGAUGCCCCCGUCCGCGCCCCUCCGCGGCCUGGCUGCACAGCCGGCGGUUCUAGGAAGUCGUCGCUUCCGGGAAGGGCUGGGACACAGAGGACAAAAGAUUAGGAGCCUUGCCCCGCCUCGCCGUCCUGUCCCGCCCCCCGCGCCCUCCCGGUCGGCAGGCGCCGCCGCCUCUCAGUCCCUGACCGCUGUCUGUGCGCCCUGGUUGCCUGCCCUGCAAGCGAGGUCUGCGCCCACUGGCUGCCUUCAGUAGCCGCCGUCCGGCUGAGCCCCAGCUCCAGAGCUGCCGCCGCUGCUGCCGGGACAUGGUCCUCUGCGUUCAGGGACCUUGUCCUUUGCUGGCUGUGGAGCAGAUCAGGCAGCGGCCCCUGUGGGCCCAGCCCCUGGAGCUGCCUGAGCCAGCUAUGCAGCCUUUACCUGCCGGGGCCUUCCUGGAGGAGGUGACAGAGGAGACCCCGGCCCAGCCAGAGAAUGAGCCCAAGGUGCUGGACCCAGAGGAGGAUCUACUGUGCAUAGCCAAGACUUUCUCUUACCUUCGGGAAUCUGGCUGGUAUUGGGGUUCCAUUACGGCCAGCGAGGCCCGGCAACACCUGCAGAAGAUGCCAGAGGGUACAUUCCUCGUACGUGAUAGCACUCACCCCAGCUACCUGUUCACACUGUCGGUCAAAACCACCCGAGGUCCCACCAACGUGCGCAUUGAGUACGCCGACUCCAGCUUCCGCCUGGACUCCAACUGCCUAUCCAGACCACGCAUCCUGGCUUUCCCAGAUGUGGUCAGUCUUGUGCAGCACUAUGUGGCCUCCUGUGCUGACACCCGAAACGACAACCCUGACCCUGCACCCACUCCAGCCCUGCCUAUCCCUAAGGAAGACGUGCCUGGUGACCCAGCACUGCCCACUCCUGCGGCCACUGCUGUGCACCUGAGACUGGUGCAGCCCUUUGUACGCAGGAACAGUGCCCGCAGCCUACAGCACCUGUGCCGCCUGGUCAUCAACCGUCUGGUGGCCGACGUGGACUGCCUGCCACUGCCCCGGCGCAUGGCCGACUACCUCCGACAGUACCCCUUCCAGCUCUGACCCAGCCAAGCACCCUCCCUGCCUCACCCAGCCAUCCCCUGGAGGGGACAGCAGCCCCAGCUGGACUUGGGCUCUCACUGUUUCUCCUCCAGUCAUCCUGCUGCCCACGUUAGCUGGACCAGGAAGAGUCAGCAGGAGCAAGGCUAGGCAUGAAGGAUAGGGUCAAGUGUCACACAACUUGGAGGUCGCACCCCCAGCUCCCAUGUGGCUCCAUGGUGGGGAGCCAUGUGUCAGAAGAGAGGGAGACAAGCAAGACCUCAUCUCACCCCGUGGGCUGGGCCCAGGCCCCCGCUCGCCUGCCGUGUCUUCCUGAACUGUGCAGACUUUGCCCGCCCUGGCUCCUCAGUUCGCAGGGUGGGGCAUGCCUCCUCCUUCCAGCCGCCUUUCUCAGGGAGGAUGGUGGCCAGAGGAACUAAGGUUGACAGUUCCAGUGCCCUGGUGGGGGAGCAGGCCAGGCUGCGGACUGCACAGUUAGACACUAUUUAUUUAUUUAUUUAUUCUCCUUGGUUGGUCUCAGGGUGAGUCAACCCCACCUCUCUGCCCUGAGCCCUAAGUGCUACAGAGACCCCAGGUCUGCCCCAGCUUCUCUAGUUCUUCCCUGUGGAGAGCCCCCAUCCUGAGACGGGUUGCUGGACCCAAGGUGAUUGUGGAUGUCCUGGAGCUGACCCCACAAACCUGUGAAUGUGUCCACCCGCUUCUGCCCCCAGCCCCAUUUUGAAAGGGUGAUUGAAUGGACAAGAAAAUGGAGCUACCGCUUGGGGACCCAUCAGAGCCUGCCGUUCACCCGCUGGCAGGGCAGAGCUCUGUCUGCGCAGAGCUGGUCUUGCUAGGACACAGCCCUGCAUGAGUGCACGUGCCAGGCCAGGAAGGGCUGCCGCUCCGCUCUGCUGGGUCUGCCUCCUGCCCAGGGAGGUUCCUGCCAUGAGAGAGAGAAAGAAAUACAUAUCUGAUAAGAUUUUAUAAAAUAAUUAUUAUAACCAAAAAA